AUGGCGAUCCAUACGUCUACUCGUGACGAGGAAGCUCGCCGAACUGUCCAACGCCUCUUCUCCUACAUAGAAUCACAAGGCCAAGGCGACUACCUAGGGGAGCGGGUGAGCCAAUUGCAGCAUUCUUUGCAGGCCGCAACGCUUGCACAAAAAGCCAAUGCAGAUGAAGACACGAUCCUUGGCGCCCUACUGCACGAUUUCGGUCGGUUCAUCCCAGCAGCAGAGAGAAAGGCGUGCAUGCUCAAUUCGGACGGCUCGAGUGCUGGCAAAGCAAGCCACGAAGUCCUCGGCGAGCGAUAUCUGCGGCAGCAUGGCUUCAGCGAAAAGAUAUGCCAGCUCGUCGGUGCUCAUGUGAUGGCGAAACGCUACCUGACUGCUGUCGACAAGGACUAUUACGCCAGUCUCAGUCAGGCUAGCAAGAUCAGCUUCAAGACUCAAGGAGGCCCUUUCGACGACGCCGAAAUACUGACGGCUCAGCAAGACCCGCUGCUUAGCGAAAAGAUCGCCGUUCGAAGGUGGGAUGAUCUAGCAAAGGAUCCUGCUAUGCAAACGCCACCAUUAGCCGACUUCGAGGACAUGACUGUCCGUUCGCUCAUCAAUUCCUGGUCCUGCGUAGAUCUGCAUGGUAGGAAGUACGCACUGCCGACCAAGUCAACAGUCGUUAUCUGUGUUGAUGGCUUCGACCCUGAGUAUCUGGACCAAGGCAUAACAGAUGGGAUCCUGCCAAACCUGGCAGCAAUGAAAGCGAAUGGCUUCCACGCCACGGCUCACUGCGCCAUGCCAUCUUUCACCAAUCCGAACAAUGUCAGCAUCAUCACUGGAGCGCCUGUAUCCGUCCAUGGCAUCGUUGGCAACUAUUUCCUGGACCGCAAAACUGGCAAAGAAGAGAUGAUCACCGACGACAAACUCUUGCGAGGCUCGACAUUGCUGGAACUGAUGUCGAAGCUUGGCGUGCGAGUGGCAGCUGUCACGGCCAAAGAUAAGCUUCGUGCUAUCUUGCGCCACGGGCUGGAUGGCAGCGCCAUUUGUUUUUCCGCAGAAAGGGCAGGCAGCACUACCAUGCAAACCAAUGGAAUUGAGGACGUCGAGAGAUGGCUCGGACAAAAGCAGCCAAGUCAAUACUCUGGAACCCUAUCGUUGUUUGUGUUGGAUGCAGGGAUCAAACUGCUCGAGGAGAAGAAGGCAGACCUUUACUACCUGACACUCUCGGACUUUGUGCAGCACAAAUAUGCUCCAGGAGCGGAAGAGUCCAACGACUUCCUAAUUGCACUCGACCAGCGAGUUGGGAGGCUCAUUGAGCUCGGAGCACAAGUGGCUAUUACAGGUGACCACGGUAUGAGCGACAAAACCAACUCAAACGGCACACCAAACGUGCUCUUCCUUGAAGACGCCAUUGCACAGAAGUGGGGCCAAGGUGCAGCCAGGAUCAUCUGCCCCAUCACAGAUCCGUUCGUCAAACACCAUGGCGCUCUCGGGUCCUUCGUCAGAGUCUAUGCUAAGCAAUCCGGUGAUGUUCCCGACAUGCUGGCCUUCAUAAAGGACCUGCCUCAAAUCGAGAUAGCCAUGCUACGGGAUGAAGCCGCGAUAGCGUUCGAGCUACCGAACGACCGCGAAGGUGAUAUUGUGGUGAUCGCAAAAGCUAAUGCUGUCAUCGGCAGCCGUAAGGAGGAGCAUGAUCUGUCGAACCUCGAGGGCCACAAUUUGAGAUCACAUGGAGGCUUGUCCGAGCAGGCUAUACCGCUACUGAUGUCUCGUCCGGCGAAGAACCUUGACAGCGGUGGUGCUCGGCAGUGGCGCAAUUUUGAUGCAUUUGAUCUAGUACUGAACCACUAG